GCAUUUUCAGACAAGGAACCACACUUAUGGCCUGUGAUUUAUUAUGAGGAUCUAUCAGAAUACAUUUAUAUAUAUAUUUCUUUCUGUUCUUUCAGGAAACGCCUGUUCAGUCUGAUCAAUGAUCUGCCCACAGUCUUUGAAGUUGUGACUGAAAGGAAGCCUGUAAAAGACAAGGCAACUGCAGAUAGUGGAAGCAGGUCUAGAGUUAACAAAAAGCGAUCUAGUGAUGGUCAGACGAAAAGCAACCCCAAACUGGCAGAUGAAAGCUAUGAGGAGGAGGACGAUGAACAUAGCGAAACACUAUGUGGAAGUUGUGGUGGAAAUUACGAUGCAGACGAGUUCUGGAUUGGCUGUGACAUUUGUGAACAAUGGUUCCAUGGCAAAUGUGUGAAGAUAACUCCUGCUAAAGCGGAGAAUAUAAAGCAAUACAAAUGUCCUUCUUGCAUGAAGCGAAACAGGCAGUAGUGAUUGGUUACUAAAUCGACUGAGGAUUUGUAGUGUUCAUUUGGUGGCUGACUAAUUUAAAUAGCGAUAUUAUCUUUCUACUAUUUGUAAUGGACAUCUCUUGUGAUGUUUAUAACAGUUGAUUGCAGUAUGGACAGAGUUCAUCUCCUCAAUUUCGUGCUUUAUUCCUAUGCUAUUAAAGCUAAUAAAAACGAAUCCUUGAUUUCUUGACA